UAGCCGAAAGUUAAUCUAACAUUGCUGCAUGAUUGACAGGGAAGCACUCCAGCAGAUUCGUGUUCUCCCAGGUACCAGCUCCGCAGUGGAGAUCGCGGGCUCCUUUCUUGUGCACGAGCCUGAGACGUCAGCUCCGCGCUGACGCUCCCGGUCUCCAGCUCCGCACUGGUGCUCCCGGACCCGUUGUUUUGCCCGCUCCCGAGGCGCCCUCUCUACGCUGGGACUCCCAGGCUGCAGCUCCGCGCUGGGGCUCUCGAGGCCGGUUAAUGAGUGGUUACUAAGCGAGUGGUUUCCUAGACGCAAUCGGCGUCAUUGCAGAGUCAGCGUCACGUUAUUGGAGGAGAAGGCAUUAAAAGUUACAUAAUGGAAUCCAUUACCUUCACAGCAAUAUGCAUAUAAAACACCAUCAAUGGAUUUAGGCUAUACCUAGUUUGUGUGCCGUAAGCGAAGACUGUAUGAAAAUCAAAGGCAUUUCAUAACUGAAUUAAUUAAAAUGGCUUCCACAGAUAAUCUUCGUGAGAAGAUUAAAAGUAAACGAAAGGCACUACAAGCAUCUCUUGGUGGAAGCAGACAAGUUGAUGAUAACCAGGCAUCGGUUGCUGUAGAAAUAGAAAAUGGUGCAAGAAACGAAAAUGCAAGAAAAGUGGAGGAAAUUCAGAAUGAGGAUGAACAGGUAGAGAAUCUGAAACGGACCAUGAAAGCCCAAAGACAAAGAAGGAAGAAAAUGCUUAUUGAUGACAUUGAUGAUGUACAUUCUGAAGAAUCCACACAAGAAGUGAACAUAAUUACUCAUCAACAAAGAACUCUGCCUCCACUUCCUGUACCCACUCCAAGAACAAGUUUCGCUGAAUACUCCAUGCGAGAGAAAAUGAGGGAGAAACUUAAAGCUGCCAGGUCUAAAGCACAGAGUGCCAUCCAACAAGAGGAAGCAAGUGCACCACCUCAACAUCUGACACCUUUCAAAGACCAAACAUCAGUCACUCAAUUUGACACUGAGGUGGAUGAAGAGGACAUGAAGACAGCAGGAGUUGAUGAAUUACCCCAUCCGUCUUCAAAAGUGAGGUUUCGUGAAAUAGCAAAUAAAAUAAAGCAGAAAUCUAAGGAUGGGUUUCCUGCUGCUGAAGAGGCAUAUAACUUCUUCACCUUCAAUUUUGAUCCUGAACCUGAAGAGGCAGAAGAAAAGUCAAAAAAGCAAAAACGACUUGGAGCACCUAAAAAGAUCGACCAUGAAGAAGAAUCGGAGGGUGACUGGGAUGAAGAGGAGUCAACUAUCAGAACAGAAGCGGAGGAAGAAGAAGAGGGAGAGGAAGAGGAUCAACCACUUGUAAAAGAUAACAUGGAUAAUGAGGAUGACUAUCUCUUCAUAAUUGACCAUACUGCUCGUGAUUUUCUUGUAAUAAAGGCUCCUGAUUAUGAAAGCUACUAUAGUCGACAACAGAAGGAUAAAAAGGUUCUUUUUACCCCCAGCAUUCUUACAGUGGCCACAUCAGAGAAGAUUCCUGAAGACAUGCAGCCACGGUUUCUUGAAGAUGAAGGCAUUUAUGUUGGCGAAAGACCAAAAGUUUCCAAAUCUAACCAGAACAUCAUUGAGCAUCGUCUACUUAAAAACAAAGAGGGGAAGAAAUGGUUCGGAAGUGAUGGCAGAAUUAUAGCGUUACCUAACCCUAUUAAACAGACCUACACCAGACCGCCAAUUUUCUCACUCCAUGAAAAAGUGGAUCCUGCAAUAGAAACAUUCUAUAAAAAAUGCAAUGGUUUCUGUUUUCAGCUGUGUGCUCUAAGGAAUGCAGUGAAGAGCAUUACUGAUUAUCAUCAUGUGCACAUCUCAGUGACACAGCGAAGACUUGUGGAAUAUAAAUGUGAGAUCAGAACAACCCGACGAAUGUGUCACAUGGAACAGGAGAAAGAUUGGACUCUGCUGAAGAACCUUGUCAAAGUGUGGAAAGACGUCAAGUCACUCAGAGAAUUCCAGAAAUUUACUAAUACACCUGUAAAACUGUGUCUUAGAAGGCAAGAGGUUAACCGGAAAGCUGAUGAAAUAAAUUAUGAACGUGAAAUCCAAACUGAGGUUGCGGAACUUUUGGAAGACUACCAAGAAGAAUAUGAGAAUAAACUAGCAGAAUAUAAAAAGAAGUAUGAAGAAUGGAAGGCCUGGAGAAAGGCGAAGAAGGCAAAGAAGAAAAAGAAGAAAAGUUCUGAUGAGCAGGAGACUGAUGAUACAGAAGAGAGUUCAAUGUUUGAGGAAUUUCCAAAGCCUGAUCCUCCAGAGCAAGUGGAUGUUUCACUUGUCGAGCAGCAAGUUCGAACAACAGCAGCUAGAAUUCGUCGUAAACCAGGAGAACCGGUUCUGACUCCUGAACUGAGUAUGACAGCCACCGUCACACCUACCAACCAGUGUCCAAGAGGAGAACAGCUGCGAAGGCAAGAUGUACAGAGGUCCACCCUGUAUGCCAAAAUUAUUUUUAACAACAAAGAGGUCUCCAGAACCAGCAGCCAAACAUUAUCUGCUGACUUCAGGAUUCAUUUUGGACAAAUAUUCAAUGUGCAAAUAAUCAACUGGCCCGAAAGCAUAAAGAUCCAGAUAUUUGAAACCAUGGGAAUGAGCAGCACGAAGACAGAAGUCUUUAUUCCCAUCCCAGAAACCACUGUCCUCACAGGGAGUGCCCUAAUUGAUGAAAUAGAGUUUAGCAAUGCUCACCGUAUAACGUUUGACCAUGAGGGAGUUGGAAGUGGUGUGCCAUUUUCCUUUGAAGCAGAUGGAAGUAAUCAGAUGAUCCUGCUGACUUCUGGCAAGUUAGCCUGUAGUGUCUCCUGGGCUGUCAGAGAGGACGGUGUGCCAUUGAUACCACCAGUGCUUCAUGAAAAUGUUGGGGUUCAAAGAUCUUUGAAACACAUGGAUGCCAUAUUGUCUAUUGGAACAUCUGGAUUAACAGACAUGAAAAAGUUGGUUAGGUGGGCAGCAGAGUCCAGACUUGAUCCAAAUGACCCCAGUAAUGCGUCUCUGAUGCAGUUAAUAAUGAGCGCAACAAGUGGUGAGGCUCUUGACCAUGAUUACUUCAGGCUCGAGCAGCUGCAAGAAGAAUUUAACUUUGUUUCAGAUGAAGUGUUUAAUAAAUCCAAGAGAUUCCGCCUUCUACAGCUUCGAAAUGAGGAGGUGGCAGAGUUCCAUAAUUUUAAACAAGUUCCGAUUUUAGAUCGUGAGAUUUCUGAGAAGAUUUUCCAGGAAUAUGAGAAGAAAUGUCAUGAAAAAGAUACAGUUGAUAUCACAAGCCAUCUUGAUCCACACAGAGCACUAGUAGCUAGAUUCCUCCAGAAGGUUCGGGACUCUGUAAAAAAUAGAUUUCUGUUGGCAAAGCAUCAUUACAUCUUGUCAGAUAUGGUUGUUGAGGAAGCAGUCCCCAGCAUAAGUUCUGGUGACUCACGUAUGUUAGGUAUCAGCCUGUUCAAACUGGCUGAACCAAGGAGACCACUUAGACCACGAAGAAAAGAAAGAAAAAAAGUUACAGCCCAGAACCUUUCUGAUGGAGACAUCAAACUUUUGGUCAACAUUAUCCGAGCCUAUGAUGUACCUAUUCGUAAAUCCAUUGGAGGCAAACCAGCGCUGACAUCCAGAUCAGCAAGAUCCAUUAAUGAAACAUUUUCAACCUCUCAGAUACCUCAGAGUCCUACUCAAAGCCAUGAAUGGUUUACUAACCAGACCUCAGUGCGUCCUUUUGUGGAGGUUUCAUUCCAACGUACAGUCCGUCAAACCAGUACUGCAGAAGGUCAAAACCCUAACUGGAAUGAAGAAUUGGAAAUACCAUUCAGAGCACCAAAUGGCGAUUACAGCACAGCAAGUCUGCAGUCUGUUUCUGAUGACGUGUUCAUCAAUGUCUUCGACGAAGUUGUUUAUGACAUUCUCGAGGAUGACAGAGAAAGAGGAAGUGAUGUUCAUACUCGUGUUGAGCGACACUGGCUAGGGGCUGUGCAGGUCCCAUUCAGUACCAUCUACUCCCAAUCCAGGAUUGAUGGCACCUUCAGGAUUAAUACACCACCAGUUCUUCUGGGCUACAGCAAAGAGCGUAACCUAUCAAGUGAAAGGGGUUGGGAGGCAGUUCGAAGCUUAAGUGAAGGCUCUUAUUUGUCCCUCUUUAUUACUGUUGAGCCUCACCUUGUACCUGGAGAAGCUGUAAAUGAAAAGAUGAUUGAGAUGCUGAAAAAGCUUGAGACUCAGGAGGAUGAGAAACUACUUCAAAAAGCAGAAAAGUUCCAGAAGGAAGUGAAACAGAAGUUUCCAAAUCGUAGGUGUGUUACUUUGGUCACAGAUCUCACUGGCAAACUGGUUUUCAUUACAAGAUUCAUUAAAGCACUUGCUCCACCUCAGGAGCUCCUUGAUGCCUUCCCUCAGGAUUAUGAGGCCACAACAGAGCUGGUGGCUCGUUACGUUUCUCUGAUUCCCUUUCUUCCAGACAGUAUUUCUUUUGCUGGUAUUUGUGACUUAUGGUGCACUUCAGAUCAAUUCCUGAAUUUGUUAGCAGGUGAUGAAGAGGAACAUGCAGUUCUGCUCUGUAACUAUUUCCUAGCAAUGGGAAAGAAAGCUUGGCUAGUGAUAGGAACUGCCAUCCCUGAGGGCCCAACAGCAUAUGUACUGACCUAUGAACAGAACCAGUAUGUGAUCUGGAACUCCACCACUGGACAGUACUAUGGACAGUUUGAUGCGUUCUGUCCAUUGCAGAGCAUCAGCUGCUUGGUUAGUGCUGAUAAUGUCUGGUUCAAUGUACAGAAAUAUGAAACUGUCAUGCGCGUACAUUUUGAUACCAGCAAACCCAACCUUUGGAAGCCAUUUUUUUCACGAAACUUUCCUUUUCCUGGCUUGUCAAGUGUGCAGCCAGAAGAGCUGGUUUAUCGCCGUACAGACAAGGCUGCUGCAGUAGAACUUCAGGACAAGAUUGAAAAGAUCUUGAAAGAGAAGGUUAUGGAAUGGAGACCAAGGCAUCCAACUCGAUGGAACAGAUACUGUACCGCUACCCUUCGCCAGUUCCUACCAAAGCUGGAGUUCAGCCGUGGUGGGGAAGUUGGAGAUGACCAUAGCGCAGAACUGCAAAAUCAGCUUGGAGACUACAGGAUUUCUGGCUUUCCCAUUAAUAUGUCUUUCUCUGAAUUGAGUCCCAUUAUUGAAGCUGUACAUAGCACUGGCGUCCAUAACACAAUGAUUCCUCAGGUGGAGUUCGCUUUGGCUGUAUAUGUUCAUCCGUAUCCCAACAACAUUUUGUCUGUUUGGAUUUAUGUGGCAUCCUUGGUGCGCAGCAGAUAACAAAAAUAUAACUAUAAUCCUUACCAUUUUUGAUUUCAGCAGAAAAGCGAGCAUUGCUUAUAUCCUGUGUACUUGAGAUGGUGUUGUGUCUUUAUUGCACUAAAUUUUGAAUCCAAUAGUAGUUUUAUUUGCUUUAAACAUAACACAGAAUGAAGUUAAUGCCAAGUGGAAGUAAUUUACAACCAACCUUUUUUUUAAAAGUUUGAUUUCAAAAAAUAUCCUAUCAAUGUUCUUUAUUUAAAAGAACUAUGUGUGACAUCAUGGUAGCGGGUGAUGCCUGAAACAAAUUAACAAACGUUCCUUUGAAAGUUAAUGGCUUCUUUUAUUCUCUAAAAGAGAAGUAUGCCACAUUAAUAAGAAUUGUUCAUUAUCACAGAACUAAAAUAACAAAGUAACACAGUGAGAUACAACAACAUGCAAAAAGCUCAAAAUUAUCAUAUAGAUAUACAAAGACCUAUUACCUACAUUAAGUUACAAAAUUGAACUAUUUCAAAUGUCCCUUGACUAAAAGCUUUUUAUACCAAACUACGUUCAUAUUUCUUUGCUUGAAUUUGCAUUAGUCUGGACCAUAAAAAUUGUUAUAAAAAUAUGCAACUUUUCACCUAGGCCAUAUAGCUAUUCUUCCUCACAGAAAGUGUUUUACAUCUAUAGUAAUUAAACAAUGUAAUUUGAUUCCUCCUUUGCUUAAUCAGGUCAUAAUAAUUGAAAAUAAGUUAAUCCUACAAUAUUUUAUGUUAUUUCAUUCCAUUCACAUUCUGUUACUUUAAUGAAAACCAUGUUGGGACCUCUAAAGUCCAUGUUUAAUCGAUUUACUCAUCACAGUAAAUACUGUUUUAAUAUAUUAGGUAUGAUUGUAGUUUUUAAGACAAGAUCUUUUCCUCAAAAACAAUACUUGUAAAAUGAUUUGAUUUGUCUGCUGAGAACCACAGGAAUAGCAUUUUACAUGUGCCAUCAUAUUUUGUAAAUCUUACAACUGUAUGAAUAUAUUUGUUCAAAUAACUUGCAAGAUAAGAGUGAUGGAAUUUGUGACAGUCCAUUCUUCCGGGGAUCAUGUAAGAUAUAUGGAACACAAUUGUUUCAUAGAAAUGAGUUUAAUUGUGUGUUACAAGUAUUUAUUUACAUUGAAUUACAACAAAAAAAGUGUAAUGUUUUUAAUAUUGGAAAACAUCAGCAGAGAUUGUGAUAUAAAUUACAACUCAUAAACCAGGAGUCAUCCAUGUUUAUAUUCUGUCUGAGCAGUGGUCAAGUAUGUGUCUACUGUGUUCUUUGCUAAAAAGAAACAGAUGUUAAAGUUUUUGUUAUGCACUCACCAAAACGAGAAUGGAAGAAAUAGAUUUGGAAAAAAGACAAGCCAUUUUAUACAGAAUGUAUCUUUUAUAUAAUUUUCAUUCUCUUUC